AUGUAUGCCGGCCUGUUCCUGGCGACCUACAACCGAAACCUGGGCUAUGGCUGUGUGGGCGUGAUGGUCCUGAUGCUGAUCUGCGGAAUGUACCUGCGGGUCUACAACAUGGACCAGGCCAACGAAGAAGAGCAGCACAACGUCUCGCAGACCGCCCGACUCACAUCCUCUGCCGCCGCAUCCCAGACCGUCCUCAACAUCAACGACCAGAUCACGGACUGCACCCUGCCAUCCGAGAACAACCCGCUGAUGAUGUGGCGGCCCGGCCCUGUCGUCAACGAGGCAGUCGAUGCCAUUCUCAACAACUACCCAAACUGGGAGGAUCUCUUGAGCAGUACCAAGGUCGCCACCAUCUUCAAUGUGUCCAAGAACAGCAUGAUCACUGUGUGCAGGUCGAUUGUGGUGACCGGAGAGCGACUGGAGGUCUUCACUCGGAGGCUGCCAAAGUGA